ACAUAGAGUGUCUUGAGAAUACUUUAGAAGAAGAGAUAGCAGAGCUAAGAUCUGAAAUCUCCAGUCUAAAAAAUUUUCUUGCAAAACUUAAAUUAUACUUACAAAAUCAAGGUGUAAAUUCAGCAGAUAAUGCAAGCGCUCUACCAACUGGAAGAGAAGUAGCAAUAGGGUAUUUAAGAGGAUGUAUGAGUGGAAGAACCCUAGAAUGGAUAAGACAAUUUGGUUAUAGUAAAUGGAUGUAUAGCUUUUCAGAUAGGUUAAAUGAGGCAGUUGGACAAUCUGGAAAUGCAAUAGUCAAAUUAAGAGUUGUAGAAGGUCCUUGA